GAGGGCAAGAAAGGUUUCUUUUCACGAGUUUCCCGUCGACAAAGAGUUGUGCUCGCGUUGGAUGAAAAAAAAAAAAAAAACAUUGGCGUGGAGAACCACGUCAUCAAUGACAAAUCAGCGUCUACCGUCAUUUGUGGCAAGCACUUUCUUCCCCAAGAUUACGAGGGAUAGCUCCAACUGCCGCUUGAAGAAACUCCUGCUUGGCGUUGUGCCGACUAUAUAUAUAUCUUUGAAAAUCAGCCACCACCGAGCUCAAUACAGCCUCGCGGAGAUCGAAAGCAGAAGAAGCGAAAAUAAGCGAAGGUAGAACGCGCGGAUCCGACCAAAAGCGCUUCAACCACAGCGCAAGCGGUGAACGAUCAAAAAGCCGGCUUUCGUCGCUCGUGGAAAAGCUCCGAACGCAGGUCGCUGGAAAUGCACUGUUAAACAAAUGUACACCCUUUGGGUCGUAUCUUGCCACAACGAUAAUUGUCAUCUGUCUUUCUUGUGUUUCCUUUCUGAAAAACGCUGUGCUCGCUACUUUCCUGUCGAGAAUGAUCUGUCAUGCUGAUAACGCGCAUGCCGUUCAUGACUUGGAAGUAACACGCUCGCAACGUUAAAGAAAGGAAAUGUGCGCCAGACACAUCCUUGUGUGACAGGAUACGACCCAAAGGGUGCGCUUUAGCAACAACUAGCGGAGCAAGAAAAGGUGUUCACGACUACAUACACCACGCUUCGGUGCGAAGGAUUCUCGCUGAUGCAGAGAAAAGAAAUAACAGAGCUCUCUCGCUGCUUGAUAAAAAGCUGCGAGCAGGAGCGACUACGCCGGGUGCGGGCACAAUGCAGCCCACCGGCGCCGUGUCGCACCGCUGCCUACAUUCGGAAACAGCCCCACAGCCCCGAAACGAGUCCGGCCCCGAGCAGCCGUCAGGUACCACCAGUGGUCGCUAAACGCGCGCCUGUCGCGUUCUGCUGCUCUCGCCCACUGCACGCGCUCGUUUGCACCCGCCCGGAGCAGGCGCUCCUUAGGCCCUUUAUCGUGUCCGGAAGCGUGCGCGAGAAAGUGUUGCAUCUGUAUUGCCUUGCAUUCGAGACUUCGAGUUCGGCUAUCCCGCCUACGUCUCGAUCAUGGAGGAGAGUGAUCAGCAGCCGCAACUACUCAGCGUCUGCAUGGAAGGCGAGCAGGAGAUGGUGAUCCAUGUGGAGAGGGCAGGAAGCUUGGAGGGCAGCACACUGGUUCCCGUGCAGGUGAUCCCUGACGUGAUGCCGGCUCCUCCCCGUAAUGGUGGUAUCGAGUGGAACAGCCACGAGAGUAAGAUCCUGCUGGAGAACUACGUGCGCUAUGUGCCACAGGUUGGGCCAGACAAAAAGUUUCGCAGCAAAAAGGAGAUGUUCAAGCGCAUUGCCGACCACAUCUUCGAGGCAACGGGGCAGCGGCGCACAGGCGAGCAGUGCGAGAACCGCUACAAAACCAUCAUGCGCCGGAAGAGGCGCCAUGGAGAAGGAAGGAGCACAGGACUUGCCAGGGCUCGCAUCCUUCUGCACACAGCAGCUGGAGCAGAAGACGGUGAGGACGAGCAAUUCAUGGAGGAGGAAGAACCAGAGGUGGAGGAAGAGGAAGCUGAGCCAAAACAGGAGGAGCUGCAGCAGCAGGAACUCGAGGACGAUGAGCCGGAACUGCUGGCUGAACUGGCCGCCAUGGGUGACAAAGAGCAGCAGAUGAACCGAUGGGCCUCGCGAAAGCGCAAGAGCUCCUCGGCAAUGGACCAGCAGCUGCUGCUUGACCGGCUGCAUGAUCUGCACGAGCAGCGUGAACGACGAAGGGACGAGCGCGAGCGUCGUAGGGAGCUCAGGCAUGCCGAACAAAUGAAUCUGCUCCGAAGAAUCCUCAGUGUGUUGGAACGGCAGCCACUUACAGCAUCAACUGCUAAUCGCCUACGAGUGGCUGCAACCCACCGGUGACACUCGCUAUAAACCAGCUGUGUGUGUUGAAAUUAAUCUAGGCACUAAAUUUAUAUUUUGCUGAUGUUUCACCUUUAAAGAUGAUGACAAAUGAACUUUGGCUGGUGGAGAUUGAAAGUUGUUUGCUGGUUGUCAUGUGAAGAACCACGACAAGUUUUCUUGGGAGAGUGUUCUUUUUUAUGUUGCUAAAAUGUUGUAUUUUACUGUUGAACCUGACCAGAAGUGUCAAACGGCCGGCACCACUCUGACUGAAAGCAAAACUAAACUUUGCUUAUUAUUCUAUAACUAAAUGGUUUCAUGAUAACUGUGUUAUAUUUGCCAAGGUUGACGACUGGGCGUGUUGGUAUAGCAUAUUGGAGGUUGGAAUGCGCAACAGUUUCACGAUACACACAGAGGAGACACACACCACAGAGCGCUACUUGCAACUAUCGUUUUAUUCCCUUGUCAGUGGAAUAAAUACAGGAAGAUACUCAGGGGGGAGGGCGGUGGCGACAAAACAAACAAGCAAACAAAAACUAAAAUAGUUUUGACAAAUAUUGCCAUCUACCAAUGCCAAGCCGGCUUUGUCAUGCGAUCGUGUUUGCUGCACUCAUCACAAAAAAACCCGGAUACGAAAAUUCCCGAUUAGCGCUUGAGGGAGAUAAGAUAAGAUAAUAACGCGGGAGAUAAUCGAAGCUGCGGAGAUUGCGCGUUUGGGUAGUAUGUGCGUGAGCACGCCUUCAGUUUCCCUUAGUGCAAAGGAAUUAGAUUUCCUCAAGCGCUAAUCGGGAAUUUUCGUAUCCGGGUUUUUUUGUGAUGAGUGCAGCAAACACGAUCGCAUGACAAAGCCGGCUUGGCAUUGGUAGAUGGCAAUAUUUGUCAAAACUAUUUUAGUUUUUGUUUGCUUGUUUGUUUUGUCGCUACCGCCCUCCCCCCUGAGUAUCUUCCUGUAUUUAUUCCACUGACAAGGGAAUAAAACGAUAGUUGCAAGUAGCGCUCUGUGGUGUGUGUCUCCUCUGUGUGUAUCGUGAAACUGUUGCGCAUUCCAACCUCCAAUGUGUUAUAUUGGCCUCGGUGCUACUUUAUCUCAAGCCACAUGCAGCUGGGUACUGAGGCCCGCGUAGCUCAGUAAUAAAACUCAAAGGGCAAAGUUGGCUAUGACGAGCAAGGUGCUGCCUGCAGGUUUAGCUCAAUAAUGCACACAUAGGCAACCUUUGGUGCGCAUGGACUAUUGUGUUUAUUCAUUGAAACUGCUCUUAUGCAGUUCUUUCUAGUCAAAAAAUAUGUUUGUCACACUUUGGGCAUUACAGAAAGAAAUCAUUCCUCUUUGCAAGUGCAUUAGAUGCAUUGUGGAAACA